AUGAUAAGAGAUAUUAUUGUUGGGUCCCUUUUCGUUUUGGUAAGAAGGGACGCAGUAGUUAGGUUUUUAGCUCCCUUAUAUGGAGUAGGGACAACGGUUCUCCCGCCAUACAGCCAAGCCAAGGCCGAUCCCUUAAGGCACACUCCCGUAGUUUUCAAUUUCUCUAAGUCAAUCAGCCUACUCACCAUAAAGUACCAUUCCACCUUAAAUACCCAAGGUGUUGGAUCAUCCUCCUCAUUAAAAGGGAUUACAAUGAAUGGUGAUCCCUCAAAACCACCUUGCGAGCUUUGGCAUUACACCAAUCCUCUAACACCGAGCUGGUCGGUUGUAAAAUGGCCUUUGUCAAAAGGAAACUACCCCGCCACACACCGA